AUGGCUGAUGAAUUUUGUUAUUUAAAUAAAUGUUCCAAUCCUUAUGAUUUCAAAAUCGUAGAAUUCGAUAAAAGAAAUACUCAUGAAUAUAUGACUAUUUCAGCUCGAGGAGUAACUCAUUUUGUAAAUGAUGAAGCUGUUUUUAAAACGAUAUAAGAAUGGGAAAGAGAAUCUUAAAUGUUUUAUAAGUUAUUAGAAAUAGAAUUUUUUAAACAAUAUAAGAAAUGGAAGAACUUUUCUUUAUGGAAGAAAUUAAUGAGGAGAAAUAUGAUGAGGGAAUGCUCAUAUGUUCUAAGUUAACAAUUGUUUAUUGUUGAUAGAAAUUUAUAGCCUGCUCUUUUGGAAAUUAGAAAUUUAUGUUUGGAAAGCUAAGAAUUUUCAUAUGUAGAUUUAAGUAUGGGACCGCCUUAAAAAUAUGAAGAAUUUAAAAAAAGUUAAGAAAAUUUCAGAAUUUCUUCUACUGAUUUUAAACUUGAGAAACUCGAGAAUAAUAUUAAAGAUAUUAUUCUUAAUAAUUGUUCCAAAAGUCUUGAAGUCUUUAAAGAAGAAAAUAGAAUUCCUUCCAUGGAAACUAAAUAAGAUGAAUCAAAAUUUAAAUAAAAAACACCUUUGUUAGUUGGAGAUGAAACUGGUAAGGAGAUGCCUUUUACUUAAGAAGCUACAAUAAGAACAUAUUAUAAAAGAUUAAAUAAAUUUGUUAGGUUAGUCGAUUACAUUGCUGUAGAUUCGAAAAUUAAAAUGAUUAAUAAUUCUACUCAUGCUGUUAUUAAACAUGUAAACGAAUUAAACGAUAAUUGUUAAGAAGGUUACUAAAAUUUAUCUAGUAUGAUAAUUAUUGAUGCUUCACAUAUUGGACCUGAAUUAUAAUUUACACCAAAUCGAGAUGUAUUUAGAAGAAUAUUUGAAGAAAUAGUAAUUAACGAUAUUAGCAAUAAAAUUGAAGAAAUAACUUCAGAAAAUGCAGAUAUCUAAGAAUUAUUGUUACUUAUUGAUGAACAUAAAAUAAGACUACCAGAUGUAUAUAAGUAAAAAGUCAAAGAAGCAUAAUAACAAAUGUAAACUUUAAGACAAAAAGUUAGUGACGCUUAAGCUUCGUCUGAUUAAAACUCUAAAAAAUUUUAAAAACAACUUGAAUAAAUGGUUCCGGGAAUAUAAGAGGAAGUAAAAGAAUUAGAAUUAGUUUUAUAAAAAGUAGAUUAUGCAAAAUUAGAGGCUCCUAUAGAUUAAACAUGUGAAUAAAUAGAAUAAUUAUGGAUGGGAAGAAAAGAUUGGAAAAAUAGUAUUUAAAAAUGGGAAGAUAUUUAAUUUGGGGAAAUUAAUAUCGAAGAAAUAAGCUAAACAGUAGAAAAAUUAUCCAAAACAUCAAAUUAAUGUGCAAAAGAAUUAGAAACAAAUGAUGUAAGCAGAGUUUUUAAAUAAGAAAUUGAAGAUUUUAAAAUUUUUUUAUCCCUUUUAGGCUCUCUUAAAGAUCCGGCUUUGACAGAAGAACCUUGGGAAGAAAUAAGAUAAUUAAUAUUAGAAAAUGGCAAAUUACCUAAAGAAGAAGGAAUUCCUUUUUGUGAUUUAAAAGAUCCAAAAUAUAAUUUAGGAAAUAACGAAGAUUUAAUAGCUAAAAUGGAUGAUACAUUACUUGUUGUAAAUAAUAUUUUAGCUUCAAGAUUUAAAAAUAUGGCAAAAGAAGUAAAAAUAUUCAAUAAUGCAGAUACCAGUUGGAAAAGAUUAAUGAAGACUGCAAGAGAUUACCCGAAUGUAAAAAAAUGGGCUGAAGAUUAUCAAGCAAGAUAGUAUUUAAAUACUCUUAAAAAUAAUAAUAAAACUUUCGAAGUCAUUUAAAAAGCUUUAGAUGAAUUGUUAGAGAAAAAAAGAGAAGUAUUUUAAAGAUUUUUUUUCUUGUCUAAUGAUGAACUAUUGGAAAUUCUUUCUUAAGCAAAAAAUUUAAAGUCUGUUGUUUAAAAUCUCAGAAAAUGCUUUGAAAAUAUUGUUAAACUUGAUUUUGAUUAAUCUGAUUGUGUUUUAGCUAUGAUUUCUGCAGAAGGUGAAAGAGUGGCUUUGAAAAAUUAUUAAGCAAGAGGGGAAGAAGUUGAAGGAUGGUUUAAAGAUUUAGAGGAAUCUAUGAAAUAUUCAUUAAAAGCAGUUAUUAGAUCAGCCCUUAUUAAAUAUGAAGACGAUGAUACUCAAAGAUCUUAAUGGGUUUUAAAUUUCCCUUCCCAAGUGGUCCUUGUAUUAGAUGCAAUUUAUUGGACAAAAAUAACCGAAGAGAAUUAUUUAAGUCCAGAUGCUGAUGGAGAUUUAUUUGAUUGGUUAGAAGGAAAUAUAUCAUAAUUGGAGGAAUUAACAGAAUUGAUAAGAGGAGAUCUGACAGAUUUAUAAAGAAAAACAUUAUCUGCUUUGGCUGUAUAAGAUGUCCAUUAUCGAGAUAUAAUAGAAGAAUUAGCCUAAAUUGGUGUAGAAUCAAUGGAUGAGUUUAAGUGGUAGCAAUAACUUCGUUUGUAUAUAGAAGAUGAUUCUAUUUUCUGUAGAUAAGUAAAUGCUAAGCUUCCUUAUGGAUAUGAAUAUAUAGGCGCUUAGCCAAGGCUCGUAAUAACUCCUUUAACUGAUCGUUGCUGGAUGACUAUAACAGGAGCUUUAGGCAUAAAAUUAGGCGCUGCCCCUGCUGGACCAGCAGGAACAGGGAAAACAGAAAGUUGCAAAGAUUUAGCAAAAGCUCUAGGAAAAUAUUGUAUCGUGUUUAAUUGUUCGGAUUAAAUAAAUGUAAAAAUGAUGGAAAAAUUGUUUAUGGGAUUAUGUUACACAGGCUCUUGGACAUGUUUGGAUGAAUUCAAUAGAAUAGAUAUUGAAGUUCUUUCUGUUAUAGCUUAAUAAGUACUCACAAUAAGAGAAGCGCAUUUAAGAAUUUCGCAAUUAUAAUUAAAUGAUAGGUCUUUCAAUUUUUUUGGGAAAAAUAUAACUUUAGGAUUAACUGCCGAUAUGGGUAUCUUUACAACUAUGAACCCAGGUUAUGCUGGCAGAACUGAACUUCCAGAUAAUCUAAAAAUUCUGUUUAGACCAGUGGCUAUGAUGGUUCCAGAUUAUACACUUAUUGCUGAAAUUAUGUUAUUUGCAGAAGGAUUUUCUAACGCGAAAGAUUUAUCCAGAAAAAUGACUAAAUUAUAUUAAUUGAGUUCUGAAUAGUUAUCCUAAUAAGAUCAUUAUGAUUUUGGUAUGAGAGCUGUUAAGAGUGUCCUUGUAAUGGCUGGAGCACUCAAAAGGGCUGAACCAGAAAUAACUGAAGACAUUGUUUUGAUUAGAGCUAUGAGAGAUUCUAAUGUUCCUAAGUUUUUGAGUCAUGAUAUUCCUCUUUUUAAUGCUAUAGUUUAAGAUCUUUUCCCAGGAACGAAUAUUCCCGCUAUGUAAAAUGAAAGAUUGGAAGAAGCUAUUAGAUUAAGGAUUUAAUAUGAUUAACUUAAUCAAAUACCUACUUUUAUUGAAAAAGUCUUGUAAUUUCAUGAAACGCUUAAAGUUAGAUUCGGUGUUAUGGUUAUUGGACCUACCAUGGGAGGAAAAUCAAAAUGUAUUGAAAUUUUAAGAUAAGCUUAUAUGCAUUUGAAUGAAUAAAUUCGUUCAAACACACCUAACAAUAUUAAUACUCAUCCGGAUUUUUAAAACAUUUUAAUUAGUACCCUUAAUCCAAAAUCAAUUUCUAUGGAAGAACUUUAUGGAGAAUUUGAUCCGUUGUCAUAAGCAUGGAAUGAUGGCUUAGCAUCUACAAUAAUAAGAGAAUAUGUUAAUAUUGAAAAUUCAGAUAAAAAAUGGGUUGUUUUUGAUGGACCUGUAGAUGCUUUAUGGAUAGAAAAUAUGAAUAGUGUGUUAGAUGACUCAAUGACAUUAUGUUUAUCAAAUGGAGAACGUAUAAAAUUAAAACCAUAAAUGAAAAUGUUAUUCGAAGUUCAAGAUUUAGCUGUAGCCUCACCUGCUACAGUAUCACGUUGUGGAAUGGUUUAUAUUGAUUCCGAUGUCGUAGGGUAUGAAGCUACAGUAGACAGUUGUUUUUAAAAAGAAAUUUAUCCUUUAAUAAAACAAAAUGAACAAAACAAAGAAAAUUUAAAGCUUAAUUUUAAUAUGUACUUCAAAAAAACAUUAUCUUAUAUAAAAAAGAAGAAAUUUAAAUAUACCAUUUAAAUUGUAGAUACAAAUCUAGCAAUAUCAGUGUGUAGAAACAUAAAGCUUAUUUUAAGUUUGGAUCCUUAUAAAGAUCAUAUAAUGUAAGAGAAUGCAAAAAAAGCUAUUGAGAAGUUAAUAUUUUGGUCGAUUAUUUGGGGAAUAGGAGGUUGCAUAUCAAGCUCUAGUAUUAAAGAUUUCCAAAAUGGAUUAGUAGAAAUUUUUUCUACUGAUGUUAUUCCAAGAGGUUCUGUUUUUGAUUAUUAUUUCACUUUAUCGAAAUCUGAAGGAGAAUUUAUUUCUUGGUCAGAAAUUAUUCCAGAAUUUGAAUAUUUUGCAGAUUCUUCAUAUUUCUCGUUAGUAGUGCCUACUACAGAUACAGUUUGCUAUUCUUGGUUUUUAGAAAAGUCAAUUACCCUUCUCUAACCUGUAUUUAUUACAGGAAUGACUGGUACUGGAAAGACUAUCAUUAUUAAUAGCACUUUAAAUUAGAUGAAAGAAUAAAAUUUAAUCUCAACUUGUGAAAUGACUUUUUCGGCCAAAACUUCAGCUAAAGCUACAUAAGGUUAGAUUGAAAACAAAUUAUAAACCCAAAGAAAAAAUAAAAAAACUGUACUUAUGCCUCCUCCCGGAAGAAGUCUUGUUAUUUUUGUUGAUGAUAUUAAUAUGCCAAGUGUAGAAGUUUAUGGGGCUCAGCCUCCAAUUGAACUUUUAAGACAGUUCUAAGAUUACAAAGGAGUAUAUGAUCGUAAAAAUUUGUUUUGGAAAGAAAUUGAAUAGACUGUACUUAUUAUUGCUGCUGCACCGCCUGGGGGUGGUCGUAGUUCUUUAACUGAAAGAUUUACUAGACACUUCACAAUAAUGACCGUUCCAGAUAAUCAAACGGCCUCUUUAACUCAUAUAUUUAGUAGUAUAUUCAAAGGAUUUUUGUAAGUUAAAAAAUUCAAGAAAGAAAUAAUAGAAUUAGGAGAAAAUGAAGGAGUAGUAAACGCAACACUGAAUAUGUAUUAAUAUAUAUCAGAAUAGCUAUUACCUACGCCUUCAAAAUAACAUUAUAUAUUUAAUCUAAGAGAUGUAUCAAAAGUAUUUUAAGGAAUUCUUAAUGCAAAGCCGAAUAUAAUUGUUUCGGUAGAAAAUUUGGCUAAACUUUGGAUUCAUGAGUGUGCAAGAGUAUUCCAUGAUCGACUUAUAAAUGAAUAAGAUAGGUAAUGGUUUAUGGAAAAUGCAUGUAAGUAAGUCAUUAUGAAUUUCAAGUUAGAUUGGAAAAAAGAAUAAGUCUUCAACGGAGAAGUGCCUCUUAUUUUUAGUGAUUUUUUAAAAAAAGGUUUAGAUAGGGAAGAUCGUAAUUAUGAAGAAGUAAAGGACUUUUAAAAAUUAACAAAAAUAAUAGAAGAUUAUAUGUUAGAAGAUACAAAAAUUUCACUUGUUUUAUUUAGAGAUGCUGUUGAACAUAUGUCAAGAAUCGCAAGGGUACUUUCACUUUAAAGAGGACAUUUUAUGUUAGUAGGAGUUGGAGGUUCAGGUAAGAAAAGCGUUACAACAGUUGCAGCAGCAUUAGCAGGAUGUGAAUUAAUGAGUAUUGAACCUAAAAAAGUAUACGGGAAGAAAGAAUUUAAAGAAGACUUACUAAAAAUGAUGAAAAGAGCAGGUAUUUAAAAUCGUUAGGUUGUAUUUUUGUUUGCUGAUACAUAGAUUUUAUAAGAAGGGUUUUUAGAAGAUGUAAAUAAUCUUUUAAAUAGCGGAGAAGUUCCAAAUAUGUUAUUAAAGGAUGAAAUCGAAGAAAUAAAUAAUGCAUUAGCUUAGGAUGCAAAUGAGUUAAAAAGAAGUGAUACAUAUUAACUUUUUGUUGAAAGAGUAAGAAGUUAACUGCAUAUAGUUCUAGCAAUGUCUCCUAUAGGAAAUGCUUUAAGAGUAAGAAUGAGAAUGUUCCCUUCAAUUGUAAACUGCUGUACUAUUGAUUGGCUUAAUCCUUGGCCAGAGGAGGCACUUAAUACUGUUGCAGUAAUGUUUUUAGAAAAUCUAGAAGUUGAAGGAUUGACUAAAGAAAAGAAAAAAUAGCUUGCGAAAUGCUGUGUUUUUGUUCAUUAAAGUGUGGAAGAAGAAGCAUAAUUGUUCUUUAAAAAUUUAAGAAGGAGGGUUUAUAUUACACCCAAAAGUUAUAUUGAUUUGAUUGAAGGUUAUAAAGAAUUACUUAAAAAUAAAUAAGAAUCAUUAGAUACUUAGAAAAAUAAAUUAAGUAGUGGGCUCUAUAAAUUAAAAGAAGCGAAUGAUAUUAUUAAAGAACUUAAAGAAAAACUAACAGAAUUAUAACCUGUUUUACAAAAAAAAACCAUAGAAUAAGAUGAGCUUAUCAAAAAAUUGGAAAUUGAUAGUUUUGAGGCUAACAAAGUUAGAGUAGUUGUUAAAGAAGAAGAAGCUCAGGUAAACGAUAAGGCUUAAGAAAUAAGAGAAAUGAAAAAUGAAGCCGAUAAAGUUUUAUAAGCUGCUCUUCCUAUGCUCUAAGCAGCAAACGAAGCAUUAAAUAUUUUAGACAGGAAAGUUAUAUCAGAAAUAAAAGCAAAUAAUAAUCCAAAUGAAUUAGUUUUAUUUACAUUAUAAUGCGUUGCUUGUCUUUUUGAUGAAAAGCAAGAUUGGGAUGGUAUAAAGAAAUUAUUAGCAGAUCCUAAUUUAGUAUCAAAAAUGAAAAACUUAGAUGUCUAUAAUAUAACACCCAAAGUAGAAAAAAAUAUAAAAGCGAAAAUAGCUUCUAAUGAAAAUUUCAAUCCUACGAAAUUAGCGACUGUUUAGGCUGCUGCAAAGGCUAUAUGUGAAUGGGUUAUAGCUGUCGCUAAUUUUACAGAGGUAAAUAAAUUGAUUUAAGCAAAGAAAUCUGUAGUUGAUAAAAUGAACGUUGAAUUGGAUAAAGCAAAUAAAGAAUUAGCUAUAAAAUAAGGUGAACUAAUGAAAGUAGAAGAAAAAGUUGGCAAGUUAGAACGUGAAUAUAACGAAAAUAAAUAAGAAAAAGACCGUUUAGAUUAAGAUAUAUAAAAGACUGCUGAUAGAUUAGUUCGUGCAGAAGAAUUAACUGUUGGUUUAGCAGAUGAAUAAGUGCGUUGGAAAGAAACAGUAGAAUCAUUAGGGGGUUAAAUUAAGCUUUUAUUGGCAGAUGUUUUUGUUGCUUCAGCGUCAGUUACUUAUUAUGGGCCUUUUACAGGCACUUAUAGAGAAAAUCUGGUACAAAAAUGGCUUGAGAAAUGCUAAGCUGAAUAGAUUUAAACUUCUGAAAAUUAUUCUUUGGAUCAAGUUUUUGGAGAACCUGUAGAAAUUCGAAAUUGGAAUGCAAAAGGAUUACCUUCAGAUAGUGUUUCUGUAAACAAUGGAAUUCUAGUUCAUACAUGUAGAUCUUUCCCUCUUUUAAUUGAUCCAUAAUUAUAAGCUUCAAGAUGGAUAAAAAAUUUAUAAUAAUAAAAUAAUAUGUUUUGCUUAAAAAUGAAUGAUGAAAAACUAUUUUAAACUCUUGAAUAAUGUGUUAGAAUGGGUUAACCUUUAAUGAUUGAAGAUAUGGAAGAAACAUUAGAAGCUACAUUAGAACCUUUAUUAAUGAAACAAUUUACAUAUGUAAAUAGACGAAAAAUUUUAAAAAUAGGGGAUUCAGAUGUCGAAUAUGAUAAAAACUUCAAACUGUAUAUAUAAACAAAAAUUCCUAACCCAAAUUUCCUACCUGAAAUAUUCAUUCGCGUAACAGUAAUAAAUUUUACAGUAACUGAACUAGGUUUAGAAGAAUAAUUACUUGGAGAUGUAGUCAAAAAAGAAAUGCCAGAAGUUGAAUAAGUCAAAAAUGAACUUAUAAUAUCGAUAGCUGAAGGAAAAACAUAAUUAAAGAAAAAUGAAGAUAAAAUACUUGAAUUAUUAACAAGUUCAAAAGGAAUGAUAUUAGAUGAUGUAGAACUAAUAGAAAAUCUGAAGCUUUCAAAAAAAACAUCAGAGAUUGUAAAAGAAAAUAUCACAGAAGCAGAAGUUAAGAAAAUAGAAAUUGAUAUUGCGCGUUCUUAAUACAAAACAGUUGCUUAAAGAGGUUCAAUCCUAUAUUUUGUUAUUGCCGAUUUGGCUUUAAUAGAUCCUAUGUAUUAAUUUUCUUUGGCUUAUUUUAGCAGAUUAUUUAGCUUAAUAAUUGAAAAUUCUGAAAAAGCCAACGAUAUAAAUGUUAGAGUUGAUAUACUUAUAAAAACAAUUACUCAAACGAUUUUUUUGAAUGUUUGUAGAGGACUUUUUAAUGAUCAUAAAAGAAUUUUCUCCUUUAUGGUAAGCUCGACGAUAUAAAUUCGCUCAGGUAUUAUCUCUAAGUAAGAAUGGUAAGUUUUUUGCAGAGGUCCUCCUAUUCUUAAAGAUAAAUUACCACCUGCUCCUAAUAAUAUGAAUAUAUCAAAUAAGACUUGGAGUAAAGUUGUGGCUAUUUCGAGUUUAUAAGUUUUUUCAGUAUUAUUGCAGGCAUUUAAAGAUCAACCGAAAGAUUGGGAAACUUGGAUAUAAUCUAAUGAACCAUUUUUAUAAUAACUGCCUUCCAAAUUUAAAACUGAACUUACACCAUUUUAGAAACUACUGCUUGUAAGAAUUCUUAGGGAAGAAAAAACUCAAUAUACUAUGAGUUAUUAUGUAGAAUCUUCACUUGGUAAAAAGUUCUCUUCGAAUUCUGCUGCAGUUAUGGAAGAAGUUUAUAAAGAUACUGAUUAUAAAACUCCUUUAAUAUUUAUUCUUUCUUAAGGCGCUGAUCCUCUUUUGAAUUUAUUAAGAUUUUCAAAAGAUAUGAAAAUGCCAUAAGAUAAACUUUAAAUCAUUUCUUUAGGUUAAGGACAAGGUCCAAUUGCAUAAAAAGCUAUAGAAAUUGGUUUAAAAACAGGAGGUUGGGUAAUAUUAUAAAACUGUCAUUUGGGUAAAUCAUUUAUGUAAAAACUUGAAGAGUUAAUAGCUAAUAUAAUCUCUCCUCCCUAAAAUAAUGAAAAGCAAGAACAACAGUAAGAAUUUAAUUCGGAUUUUCGUUUAUUUUUAACAUCUAUGCCUUGUGAUUAUUUCCCUGUAAGUAUAUUACAAAACAGUAUAAAAUUAACAAACGAACCACCAAAAGGAAUAAAAUCAAACAUAUUCAAAACUUAUUCAGAAAUUUCAGAAGAAAGAUUUGAAUCAUGUAGCAAAAUAGGACAUUGGAAAAAGCUUUUGUUUUCUCUCUCUUUUUUCCAUGCAAUAGUAUAAGAAAGAAGAAAAUUUGGUCCUUUAGGUUGGAACAUUAGAUAUGAAUUUAAUGAUUCUGAUUUAGAUACUGCUACUACAAUUCUUAAAGAUAUGUUAGAAGCAAAUGAAGAAAUUCCUUGGGAUGCUUUAAGAUACGUUAUCGGAUAAAUCACUUAUGGAGGAAGAGUUACAGAUGAUUGGGAUAGAAGAACUUUAAUGUCAAUAUUAAAUAAUUAUGUAAAUGAAGAUGUUUUAAAAGAUAAAUUUAACUUUUCAGAAUCAGGAAUUUAUUAUUCACCAAAAAUGGGCGAUUUAUAAUAUUAUAGAAAUAUUAUAGAAAAUUUCCCUCUCUUUGAAUCUCCUGAAGUAUUUGGAAUGCAUGAAAAUGCAAAUAUUGCUUUCUAGCUAAAAGAGUCUAGAAUUGCAUUAGAUACAAUAGCAGGUAUUUAGCCACGUGAAAGUACAUCUAGUGGAGACGAAGGCGAAAAAUCCGCAGAUAAAUUAUUAGAAGAAAUGUGUAUUAUGUUCGAAGAAAAGCUACCUCCUUUACUAAAGAAAGACACGCCAAGUUUAGGUUUAAAAAAGAAUGAGCAAAUAGAUUCUUUAAUAGUUUGUUUAAAUUAAGAAUGUGAAAGAUUCAAUAAAUUACUAAAUGUUAUAAAGUUUUGUCUAUAGAACUUACAAAAAGCAAUAAAAGGUGAAGUUGUAAUGAGUGCAGAAUUAGACAAAGCUUCCCAAAGCCUAAUAAACAAUUAAGUCCCGGAUAUGUGGAAAGGCAAAUCUUAUCCUUCAUUGAAAAAUCUUUCAAGUUGGUUUGAUGAUUUGAUAAAAAGGACAGACUUUUUCAGAAACUGGCUUCUUGCAGAUAAUUAUCCUAAAACUUUUUGGUUGCCUGCAUUUUUCUUCCCUUAAGGUUUCUUAACUUCUAUUUUAUAAAAUUAUGCAAGAUAAAAUAAAAUUGCUAUUGAUUGUCUGAACUUUUAAUUUAAAUAUUCUAAAUACAUUGAAUCCGAAUAAAUCAUGGAUAAAUCAUAAAAUGGAGCUUUUAUUUACGGACUUUUUAUUGAAGGAUGUUAAUUUGAUGUUUCUAAAGGAUGUCUUGAAGAUAGUGCACCUGGUGUUAUGUAUACUUAAGUUCCUAUUAUUGAAUUUGUUCCUCAAGAAAAUUAUAAAUCGAAACAUGAAGAUUAUAAAAUGCCUGUUUAUAAGACUCUUCUUAGGGCUGGUACACUUUCUACUACUGGACAUUCUACUAACUUUAUUAUCGGUAUUGAUACACCUACCAAGAAAAAACCCGAAUAUUGGAUUUUGAAAGGUGCUGCUUUAGCUUGUGCAUUAAAUGAUUGA